UUUCCGAGAAGGAGAUUCGGCAAUGGCACAAAGGAUUCCUGAAGGACUGCCCGAAUGGACUACUUACCGAGCAGGGAUUCAUCAAGAUUUAUAAGCAGUUCUUUCCACAAGGAGAUCCAACCAAAUUCGCAUCACUUGUCUUCAAAGUAUUCGAUGAAAAUAAUGAUGGUUCAAUUGAGUUUGAAGAAUUUAUCCGAGCCCUAUCAGUCACAUCAAGAGGAAAUUUAGACGAAAAGCUUCAUUGGGCCUUCCGACUGUACGAUGUGGACAACGAUGGCUUUAUCACUCGCGAAGAAAUGUACAACAUAGUAGAUGCAAUAUACCAGAUGGUGGGCCAGCAACCGACAGCGGAAGACGAGAACACGCCGCAAAAGAGGGUCGACAAGAUCUUCGAUCAGAUGGACACGAACCACGACGACCGCCUGACCCUGGACGAGUUCCGGGAAGGGUCCAAGGCCGACCCGCGCAUCGUGCAGGCGCUGUCACUCGGCGGCGACCCCUCGACAUAGGGCACGGGGCCGGCUGGACCCGGGCGGGCUGCGGCGUGAGGAAGAGGGUCGGGUGGGCCCGGGAGCCGCCCCGCAGCCGCCCCGGAGCCAGUUCGAAGCCAGCCCAGAGCCAGCCCAGCCAGCCCAGAGUCUGCCUGGAGCCUGAGAGACAUUGUGCGACCCGGCUUUGCUUUGGGGCCGGUCCUCAGUGCAGUGCGCACGCCGCGGCGCCACGCUGCACGACGUGGUGGACUUGUAUCUCUGAAUGUAUAUUUUUACUCUUGUUUGUGUUGUCUCGGGGUGCUUGACCCUCUCACUUAGCAGCGUCAUGCACCGCCGCCGGGCCGUCGCUGGACUGUGCGUGAGCGUGAGCGUGCGGGUGUGCCCAGCCAGGAAUGGAAGUCGAUCGACUUCGACGUAGCUCGAAAAACUUGAUUUUGUCACUGGAAUAGGGAUGUCGAGGUCGACACGACCUCAGAUCGGGGUCGAUGCAAUUUUCACUUUUGGCUGAGGUGUAUGUGUGUGUGUGUGAGAGAGAGAGAGAGAGAGAGAGAGAGAGAGAGAGAGAGAGAGAGAGAGAGAGAGAGGGUGGGGGGAGGCACACAAGAGUACAGCUCUCGGAUAUUCCAUAUUUGACUCUAAGACUCAUAGCGCGUCUACACGUGCACAUUUUUGGCGUGGUCGGUGGGGCAAUGGAUGCUGCAAUGCUGUAUGACUUAUCAAAAAUAUGUAUGAUUUGUUUUGACGUCCUAGUGAACGGUCUCUCUAGGCUGCCGGUUGGAUUAAGUUGACGCUCGAAUAAGCUGUUUGUACACAGUCUGGUCUCGCUCCCCACUCGACUCGAACUUGUCCCGCUUCGUACGUAGCACGCGUGUGUGCCGUGUGCCGCUGGCCCAGAAAAGUUACAUUCCUUUGUUAUUUUUUAUUCAUAAAACAUGAUGCCGGUUGUUUGCAAGUCUGAAUCCAACGACUCCUGACUUUUAUGGUUGAGGGGCUGGUUUCAGAAUGGGUAUAAUAAUCAAUCUCGUUUUUAAACUCAAUAUUGUUACUCUCGUUUUUAAUGUUAGGGUGAUUUCGAAAUUCGUUUAUGUAUAAUGCUAAAUCAAUGUUAAAAUAAAAAUCUAAAUUUUUGUGUAUGAGGGGCCGUGACAAACCACGUGGAUGAAAUUUGAGAGAUGGGGACAUUUUUUUAAAAGAAUGCGCCACGAAGAAAGAUUUCCUGGAGUAUAGUGGAGGGGUGUCCUGUAAUGACCAAACAUCGAGCCACGUGGUUUGUGGACGGCCCAUAGUAACACUUUUACCGUAAUUUAAAUUUUGUGAGUUUAAACAUGUUCUCUCAUUCACAUGGUUUGUCAUGUGUGUUCAAAAAUCGUAAUUCAUAAGGAAACCGUCAAUUUUGUACGCCUGCUCGCUGUAAGAUAGUUAUGAGGCCACUUUGGCUGAUUAUUUUUUAAGAUCUUCGCUGAGUUCUUAUUUCCGGUACUCGCAUUUCGAUGUCUCCGCACAAUGUUAUAAACUCUCCUUCGCACCCCGCCACCUAUCCUUUGUCGUCUGUCAUACUAUAUAUGUGCCACGAAAAAAAACUUUGUCUAUCUUGCCUCAAAAAAUUUCCUAUUUUCCAAGGAGAAUAUUAAGAAACUGUCUAGUCAGAGAAGUAUAUAACUUACGACGAGUGAUUAACGCCGUAGUUAAUUGAUAGUAGAACUGGUUGAUUACAGACGGAAACAGUCCGAUAGAGAAACCUCAGACUGAAGCUGAAUUCUCUAUCGCUUUUACUGUCGUAAAGGAAAGGCAAUAUGAUGAUCUCAUGGUGAUAAAAAUGCCAAUCCCUUCCUGCUUAGCCUUGCGGUCUGUAAUUCUAUUUAAAACCUUUCAGAUUUCUUUCCAGCGUAUUAUUAAACAGUGCAUCAAUGCGCCGAUCUUAGUGUGUAGAUUACUCUUUUGUACUAUUGCUAUUUUCCCCUUUCUAACUUAAUACUCAUUCAGUAGGUCUUUCUAUGUAGAAUAGAUCCGUUAUUAGUUCUACAAGCUGAUGUUGUACAUUUGCAUCUCAUGAAGGUAGCUAUUGUUUGUUUUCAGUGUUCAUUUUUCUUCCUCAGAAGUUAGGCGUAUAACUUUCGGUUUUGUCCGCUGUGUAUUUACAAGUUACCUGAUUUACUUAAGUUCAAAAUGUUGACUGCAGGUCUUUCCGGAGUAAACUUUCGGUUUAUGUACAUCAUUACUUACGAAUUUCAGAAAGCGUGCAAUACCACACUCAUGAGCCUGUGAAUAUAGUAGGGUGUUGGAUUGGAAGUAGGAAAAUUACUGUAAUUUUUUUUUUUUUUUUUUUUUGCUAUUCUCCGGCGUUCGGCGAUCGUGCGUUUGUAAAAGUUCACAUGAGACAGGAACAGGAACCUCCAACCUGCGAGUAGGAGCACAAGCACACCAAAGCAUGCUCGCGAGAUUGCGCUUAAGCGCAUAACCAUGUUUAUGGGUUAUGCCCAUUAAGUUAUGAGCGUAUUUCCUAACUUUCUUGCUACUCCGCACAGAGUUUGGCUCAACAAACUGUUUAGCACAAUAUUUUAUUUUUCAAACAUCCGCUGUUAUGAAAUCGUCAAAUUAAUUUUCAACGCGACCCUUAUUUACACCCAGACCAGACAUAACUGCACCUUUAUUGCAUUGUUUUUUGUUUUGUUUUUUUGUAAAGAAGUGAAAUGGCAGCAAAUCGUUGGCAACAGCAUAGCUUGGCGUGAAAUCGAUAUGCCUUCUGAUCGUCGCAGCAUUUUCACAAUUGCCAACGAUAAACAAGGUUGAGAAACGUGUACAGUACUGCGUGUGCUCCGCCGUGUCAGAGGGCUCCGUUCCAGAAAGAGACAGAUAUAACACGAACCUGUACUAUUUCUUGAGGCCUACAGAACUGUUAAACUUUGGAUUGAGGCCUGCCACUGCGGUUCUUCGCCCCAAGUAAAAAUUGAGUGGCAAAUUUUGAUUUGUAUUUUUUUUAAUAUUAUUUUUUAUGGUUGUAGAGGUAAAUGUGUGAAAAUUUAUCCGAGGAAUAAUUGAUUCUUUCGGUUUAAUUAUUAAGCUUUCCUUACGGACUGCUUUAGCCUUGUUGCUACUCCUCUUUUCUUCUGUGAUAAAUUUAACAAAACGCAAUAAAUUUAUUAUGUGAUCGUUCUCGUCGGGUGGGUUUACUCAUGACGUAUGAGGCUAAAUGGUUCCUGUGCAGGCAGGAGAUUUACGUUGAAAUGUUUCAUUUAGCCUAGUCAUCCACCAGGAAAUAUUUUUCAUGUGCACAGAUAACUUUCCUCCAUUGUACCCUUCUUUGAGAAAACUCCAGGACAUAGUUGUAUUCAAAGACGGAAAAAAUUGUGAGUAAUUGAUCAUCCGGUUCCUUCAUCACAAAAACAACGGUAAAAGGGGGAAGUACCAAUAACAAAAAUAUAUUUGGGCAUUUUUAUCUUCUUUCAUUAUUUAAAUACCAUCCGUGCAAAGAGUAUACUUUUAAUGUGAAAAGUGCUGCUGUAUAUGACACUCUAGAGGGCUUUCGAGUCUGAAAUUAUUUAUCCUUUCGAUGUUGGUUAAGCCGUAGCUGAAGAAAACAGUCUCGCCCGUGGGGAAAAGGCUUUGCUCCCCUGAAACGGUGACUUGCGACGUUGGCAAAAAGUAUACUUAAAGUCCGCAUUUUCCUCAGUAUUUUGGUAUACAGGGUGGUCGCUCUGCUCCGUUGGAGCAAAUGCGUGAACUAGCCCGCAUUCGCCGGUAACGGGUUUUUCUAUCGUCUCUGGCCAUGGCGCCUCACGGCCCCGCCGUGCGAAUAGGCAACUCGUUCGCCCGCGUGCGUGGCAGUAUACGCAUUUGCUCCCACGGUGCUCAGCGACUACCCUGUACCGGGUGUAACUGUGAAUGCGCAGCUGUGUUGCGGGAUUGCAUACCCGCCAGGGCUGCAGGAGCCAUGGCGCCAUAGACCCACCACAGAUCUCUUCUUCUCUGGAGGGGUCAAGGCGAGUCUGCCUAGCUACUGCGUCCAAAGAGGCAAAUGCGUGACGCCUUGUAUUACCAAGAAUUGAGAACAUGGGGAGUUCAAUUAAAUAUAUUUUCUGCUGAAGGGGAACUCUCGAAGAAACAACCCCCCCCCCCCCCCCCCCCUCCCCACUUAACUACGACGCAAUUAAUUUUUACUGCAUUUCGUCCGCGAAGAAAGGACGCAUGAAGUGUGCUUUCACCUUUCGUGAAUAAGCCCCGUUGGACCUACGGUUUGUAGUCUACAUGGUGCAGAUUAAACCUUGCACUGGAAAAACUAAUGUGACAUGUGUCACAUCCCAAGUGUGGCAUUCUUGAUAAGUCGCAUGUGUAUGGCGUCACGCGUUGGUGUGACGUCUUACCCUUUUAUGCCAAUUGACGUGAUAAAUAUCACACAAGUUUUUCCCGUGCAACUAUUUGUGCAAUUUGUGUUGUGUCGCCUAGUCGCCAGUUCAUGCUCUUGAGAGUGAGACGGGUAAAAUUGUCUGCAAGCUACUGCCCCUAAAUUGUACGACAACUUCGUUUACCGCCCAUAUUGUACACCUCUUCACGAAGAACAUUCAAACACUUCCGUACUUUGUGCAUGUUCCUUACUCGCAGGGAUGUCCGUGCUUGUCACGAUGCUCAAUAAGGUUAAAUUUUGAACGAUCACAUACCCAGUUCAUCAAUUAGUGGUGUUCUUUCACGAAUAUUGUAAGCUGUGCAAGCUAACAAAAACGUGAAGUUUCUGCAACCAUUUAUGUAAGACGUCCAGUGUGAAGGGUUUGAUUCUAUUUUGUAUAGCUUGUAAAUCAUACUCAAGAUUAUAAUUUUCGGGGCUGGUACUAUGUUUCUUUUGAUGUUGUCAUUUUGUUUUUUAAAAAAUCCAACGAAGAAUAUACACUGGAAUACUUGUGUUGGUAGCCAUAUGGUUGUAUGCUAUUAAAAUGUAAAAUGCUAUGACAAAUCAUUAAACGGCUGUUACUAA